UCCUAUGUAAACGCAAAUUAUUAAUACUGAUUUUUAAUAAUUAUGUACCUAUAAAAAUAAUUUAUAGUUUUUAUGCAUAAUCAUUCACCUCAAACGUCUCUUUAUGUAGAUAAGAAGUCGUUAGAACUUCUAUAAACCAAUAUCAAUAUAUUAAAUAAGAAUUUGUGUCGUAUAGUGAAACUUAUUUUUACCGGUAUAAGUUUUAGGUACCUCAAAAACUUAACGGCAUAAAAUGAGCAAUAAGCAGUCAAAGAAAAAUGAAAACAAAAAGAAAAAUAAUCAAGAUGAUAAAAAGAAACCAAAAUCAUCCUUAUUUUCUUUUCGAAAAAUAGUUUUUGUAUCUGCCCUACUAACAGGCUUAGCAUCUUAUUAUGUGUAUAAAGCCCUCACAACUCCACCUGAUCUACCUAAAUUAGACUUGGAUGAAUACUGGGGACCAUAUCCCAUGAAACUCAAUCAAGAUUUAUCUAUAAGACCUUAUCAAAUUGAAUUUACUGAUGUGAUGAUAAAUGAUCUUAAAGAAAGACUUCUGCAUAGAAGACCAUUUCCUCCUCCACUAGAAAAUACUGGAUUCACUUAUGGCUUUAACUCCUAUUUCAUGACUCGAGUUUUAGAUUACUGGCAGAAUAAAUACAAUUUUAAGGAGAGGGAAGAUUUCUUUAACAAAUAUGAUCAUUAUAUGACUAAUGUACAAGGACUGGAUAUACAUUAUAUGCAUGUGAAGCCAAAUGUCUCUGAUGAUGUUAAAGUGGUACCUUUACUAUUAUUACACGGAUGGCCAGGUUCUAUUAGAGAGUUCUAUGAGAUUAUACCCAAACUGAUAACACCGAGGGUUGGUCAUGAAUUUGUUUUUGAAAUCAUUGCCCCUAGCCUCCCUGGAUAUGGAUUUUCACAGGCACCAGCUCGACCAGGUUUAGGUCCAGCUGAAAUGGCUGUAGUCAUAUCGAAUUUGAUGAAAAGAAUUGGUCAUGAAAAAUAUUAUAUCCAAGGUGGUGACGUUGGCCAUACAUUGGGCUCAAUUAUUUCUACCGUAUUUCCUGACAGAGUGCUUGGUUUCCAUACUAAUAUGCCCUUGCUGUGGUUUCAUCCUUUGGCUCAUAUUUAUACUUUGUUGGGUAACUUUUGGCCGAAAUUAAUAGUCGAACCGGAAUUAGAAAGCCGCAUGUAUCCGUGGAGCGAGCACGUGACGCGCUUGAUAGAAGAGUCCGGCUACCUACAUUUACAGGCUACAAAGCCUGAUACCAUUGGUAUUGCAUUAACCGACUCACCAGCUGGUCUAGCUGCUUACAUUCUAGAUAAAUUCUGUACGAUGACCAAUCCGUCGUACAAAGAGUCUCAAGAUGGUAACAUACUGCCCAAGUACAGUCUAACACAUUUAUUAGACAAUAUCAUGGUGUACUGGUCUACCAAUAGUAUAACUACCGCCAUGAGACUAUAUGCAGAGACCUUUACCAUACGUGCCCUAAGUAUGAGGCUUGACGAAAUCCCAACAGAAGUACCAACAUGGGGAAUUAAAUUCAAAUACGAACUUGGAUACCAACCGGAUAGUAUAUUGAAGCUUAAAUUCAAAAAUUAUUUACACAGCACAAUGGUAGAAGACGGCGGCCAUUUUGCCACUUUAGAAAAUCCAGAUAUCAUGGCAACUGAUAUAUUUGAAGCUGUUAAAACAUUUAGAGAAUUCCAUAAUGCUGUUGGUAAACCAAAAGAAUUUGUGGAAAGAAAUCUCGAAAAGGCAGAAACUAUAUACGAUUUUACUGUUAAAGACAUAUACGGUAGAGCCGUGAAACUUGACAAAUAUAAGGGAUUCGUACUACUCAUUGUAAACGUCGCCUCUCAAUGCGGACUAACGGACACAAACUACAACCAACUAAACGAAUUACACGAGAAAUACGCAAAGAGUAGAGAAUUCCGUAUCCUAGCGUUCCCUUGCAACCAAUUUGGUACUCAGGAACCAGGAUCUGCAAAAGAUAUCCUCAAAUUCGUAAAAGAGAGAGGCGUCCAGUUUGACGUUUUCGAGAAAAUCGAAGUGAACGGCGAAAACACACAUCCAUUGUGGACAUUUUUGAAACGCACCCAGAGUGGCACUUUCGGUGAUUUCAUUAAAUGGAACUUUUCAAAGUUUAUCGUUGAUAAAAAUGGUGUACCCGUUGAAAGAUUUGGACCUAAUGUGAACCCCUUGGAUUUAGAACCCUAUUUGGCUAAAUAUUGGUAAAAAUAUAUUUUCAUUUAAAUCGUAAGGAUGAAUGAAUAAUAUUAAGAUUUAAACAAAUUGUUAUUUUAAUGGUAGUUGUAACAUUCAUGGUGCUUUGCAUUUAUCAAUUUUUUUAUAAGCAUUAAGAUUUGAAUUUUUUUAUAAGCAUUUGUAUAAUUUAAUAU